AUGCGCCCAAUUACAAGAGUCGCAUUGCGGCCAUACGUUUGCGCAUCUUGCCGCCAUGGCGUUGGCGGUGGUCGACGACGAUUUGGCACUAAAAUUGAUCAAAUUCCCGACAUCUACGACGUAGUCUGCGUCGGGGGUGGUCCGGCGGGCCUGGGUCUUUUGGCUGCACUCCGUGCUUCCCCUAUCACAUCGAAACUUAAGGUCGCCCUGGUCGAAAGCCAGGAUCUCAACAAGGCCCAGGCAUGGAACAUGCCAUCAGACCAGUUCUCCAAUCGGGUUAGCAGCUUGACCCCGUCUUCUGCUUCUUUCCUGCGCAAGAUUGGCGCGUGGGAGCACCUUGAUGUCAGUCGUGUACAGGAAUACCAGGAGAUGCAGGUGUGGGAUGGCGAGACCGGAUCACGAAUAUCGUUUGACCAUUCCUGGGAUACAAGUGCAUUCGAAGAUAUGCGCACAGUCGCAACCAUGACCGAGAAUUCAAAUCUUGUGCGUGCCCUUCUCCGUCGUAUCGCCGCCUCGGGCGACGAUGGUCUAACGCUCUUCUCGAAUACCACUGUCGCCUCUAUUGAGAACGGAACCGAUCUUCAGACUGCUGGGCCUGACCUUUCCGCUUGGCCAAUUCUCUCCGUAAAGCCUACCGGACUGGGGUCAGAGGCCAAGGAACCAUCCCGCAUUGCAGCAAGAUUGCUAGUUGGCGCGGACGGAAUUAACAGUCCUGUGCGCUCCUUCGCCGAUAUCACCACCCAGGGUUGGGACUACAACCGUCACGGCAUCGUCGCAACUCUCUCGCUUGCAGACCUCGCUACACCUCCCUUCCCAGCAAACCUGCGCACAGCUUACCAGCGUUUCCUGCCCGCCCUUGGUGGACCCAUUGCGCUCCUUCCACUCCCAAAUAACCACGCCACACUAGUCUGGUCAACGACACCCGAGCACGCCGCGUACCUGAAAUCGCUCUCCCAAUCUGCCUUCCUGGCCAUGGUCAACGCCGCUUUCCGAUUAUCCAUGACAGACCUGAAAUACAUGAUGGGCAUCUCCAACUCCGAGCAUAUGUCUCACGAAGACGAGCUUGCCUGGCGCGUGCAGCACACUCCCCUCCCAUCACAAACCCCACCCUCCGCUAUUGCCUAUAUCUCGCCUCGGGUCGCACUCGUCGGCGACGCCGCUCACGUCAUCCACCCUCUGGCUGGACAAGGCCUGAACCUUGGCCUGGCGGAUGUGGCUUCUCUUUCGCGGACAAUCGAGUAUGCCGUUUCCCAUGGCAUGGAUAUCGGUGAUCUUCUUACCCUUGAGCGAUACUCUUCGGAACGCUACCUCCCUAAUGCGAAGAUCGGCGGUGCUUGUGAUCUUUUGCAUAAGAUGUAUACCAUCCCUGGGCAGGGCCCCAUCACCUGGGCGCGCAGUCUGGGUCUGAAUGUUAUUGACAAGUUGCCGUUUGUCAAGUCAUUCUUGAUGAAGAAUGCUGAGGGGUAUUAA